AUGCUUGCUUUGCGGAGAACUACACUGCCUUAUCGCUACAUAUAUACCUUCAAAUCCUCACCAUGUCCUCCCUUGCGAUGCUCUCCUGGUCUGCGAAACUAUUCUUCUACUGCGAGAGGUGGCCGACAGGAUGAUAAUCGGACCAAAAAAAUCGAGGAAGAAACCCUUCCCUACUACACGCCAGCGAACUUCUACCCAGCUUACAUAGGCGAGAUCCUUUCCAAGUAUGAAGUUGUUGGCAAGCUGGGAUUCGGGGCCAGCUCAACUGUGUGGCUUGCCCAGGACUUGGGGCAAGAGAAAUAUGUCGCCCUCAAGAUCUUCGCACGCGACGUCAGUCCUAACCUUGCCCACGAGGUGAAGAUAUACGAUUACCUAAGCACAAUCGCAUCUGAGCAUCCAGGACGAAAGCAUAUUCGGACCUGCCUCGACAGCUUCGAGGUUGAAAAUCCCGACGGCCAGCAUCAGUGUCUGGUGCAUCAACCACUUUGGGAAAGUCUUCGUGCGCUUCAGAACCAAGACAGUCGACGCAAGCUCACGGAAGAGCUUCUGAGACCGGUACUAUGGUGCAUUUUGCAAGCGAUCGACUACCUGCACAGUGAAUGUCAUUUGGUACAUACAGAUAUCAAAGCGAAUAACAUCGUGCUGGGUCUUGGGGACGAAUCAGUUCUGGAGGCUUUUGUCAAAGAGGAAGCUGCAAACCCUGGUCCGCGGAAUAUCUAUGCGGACCGGACCAUCUACCAAUCUCGUGCGAUCACGAGGCCCAAGACGAUCGGACUUCCCAUUCUAAGCGACUUUGGGCUGGCUCGGUUUCGGGGAAGCGAUCGCGACGAUAUGGGACCUUUUCUACAACGAACAUCUAUUCGAUUUCUUGGACCACCGCCUGUCUCUUUCCUGGAGAGGAGCGAGACAAGUUGGAAAUAUUUCGAUCACUCCGGUCGCCUCACGACCGGUGUGGACCUGAGCGACAAGCAAUCGUUGGACACCCGGGAAGAGCGUCUUGACGGCGAGAAUAAGCGGCUUUUCCUCGAGUUCGUCAAGUCAAUGUUACGGUGGGAUCCGAAUGAACGGCUCACUGCGCGUGAACUCCUCGAUGACCCUUGGCUGAAUAACUACAACUUGUAA